AGCAGCAUAACAACAAACCGCUGUCAAAUAUUUUAACGCGUGUGCAAUUUUAUCCCCGACAUCUCCGGAUCGGAUUCGUGGCCAGGAAAAAAGGGUUAAAUAUUCGCGGAUUUAAUCAAUAAAAUAAAACAUGCCGACUAUCGGAGUUAAACGUGAUCUCUUGUUCGAGGCAUUGGGCAAAAAAUACACUGAUGAUGAGUUUCAAACAUUGUGUUUUGCCUUCGGUCUGGAACUGGAUGAAGUGACCACUGAGAAGCAAAUGUUAACCCGUGAACAGGGUGAUGAUGCUGCUGGGGCUGCUGAUGCUUCAGAGGAAAUCAUCUAUCGCAUUGAUAUACCGGCCAAUCGUUAUGAUUUGUUGUGUAUGGAGGGUUUGGUCACCGGUCUUUUGGUGUUCCAGGGCAAGAUCAAACCGCCACAAUUCAAGCUAUCAGAGCCCGCCGAUGGCAAACGUCAAGUCUUGAAGAUCUUACCUGAAACUGCUCAAAUUCGUCCCUUUGCUGUUGCCGCAGUUUUGCGUAACAUCACCCUGAACCAGGCGGCUUAUGAUUCCUUCAUUGAUCUCCAAGACAAGCUACACCAGAACAUUUGCCGUAAACGUACUUUGGUGGCCAUUGGUACACAUGAUUUGGAUACCAUUCAAGGACCUUUCACGUAUGAGGCUCGUGCUCCAGCUGACAUCAAUUUUGUUCCAUUGAAUCAAACCAAAUCCAUGAAUGGCAAUGAAUUAAUGGAAUUCUAUUCCACCCACGCUCAGCUGAAACAAUAUUUACCCAUUAUUCGCGAUUCUCCGGUAUAUCCAGUAAUUUAUGAUUCCAAUGGCGUUGUCUUGUCCUUACCGCCUGUCAUUAAUGGCGAUCACUCCAAGAUUUCGUUGAAAACCAAAAAUGUUUUCAUUGAAUGUACUGCCACGGAUUUGACCAAAGCCAAAGUUGUACUUGACACCAUUGUAUGUAUGUUCUCAGCACAUUGCACAGAUAAAUUCAGUGUGGAACCAUGCGAUGUCAUUCAACCAGAUGGUACAACUGUAACAUAUCCCGAAUUGGAGGUUCGUGAAGAAACCAUCUCGGCCAAAAAGGCAAAUUUGGCCAUAGGUAUUGAGGAGAGUCCUGAAAAAAUUGCCGAUAUGUUGACACGCAUGUAUUUGGAAGCUGAAUGUCAGGCUGAUGGAGAUGAAAUUAAGGUGAAAAUACCACCCACUAGACAUGACGUCAUUCAUGCAUGUGAUAUUUACGAAGAUGUGGCCAUUGCCUUUGGCUAUAAUAACAUUAGGAAAUCGCUGCCCUCUUUUAUGCAUAUUGCCAAACAAUAUCCCUUGAAUAAAUUAACUGAACAAUUGAGAGAACAAGUUGCUCAGGCUGGUUUCACUGAAGCACUUACAUUCACUUUGUGUUCACGCGAUGACAUUGCCCGUAAAUUAAACAAAUCCAUAGAUAAUAUGCCAGCAGUACAUAUAGCCAAUCCCAAGACAUUAGAAUUCCAAGUUGUGAGAACAACUCUACUGCCGGGUCUAUUAAAAACUUUGGUGGCUAAUCGUAAAAUGCCUUUGCCCUUGAAAUUGUUUGAGAUUAGUGAUGUCGUUGUGGCCGAUGAUGAUACUGAAGUUGGAGCACGCAAUGAGAGACGUUUGUGUGCUGUAAAUUGUAAUAAAACUGCCGGCUUUGAGGUGGUACAUGGUCUGUUGGAUCGCGUCAUGCAAUUGCUUGAGGUUUCAUGGAAAUCUUCCAACUCCAAGAACAGUGGUUAUUACUUGCAGGCGGCUGAGGAUCCAUCUUAUUUCCCCGGUCGUUGUGCCCAUAUUAUGUUGAACAAUGUUGCCAUUGGUAAAAUUGGUGUUCUGCAUCCCACGGUUUUACAAGCCUUUGAAUUGACAAAUCCUUGCUCGGUUGUGGAAUUCAAUAUUGAACCAUUUGUUUAAACAUAAUCAAGAUAUUUAUAAUAAUGCAUUUGCCUGGUGUAGAGGAGUAUUUAAAAAAGUGUAUGAGACACGAUUACGGGCGUAUAGAACAAAAAGCAAAAAAAAAAGAAACUUCUGGGAGUUGAGACUUUAUAGUGUUGAUGUUUUUAAUUUAUUAUGCUAUUGAUUGUACAACAGUUAUAAUUUUAAUAAAGCUAUAAGCCCUUAAUCAAAUCA